AUGAAUGAACAAAAUUUUGGUCAAAUUGAAAUGCCUCCUCGUGAUGAUUCUUUUGUUAGACUUUAUCAGAAUAUGAAAAGUGAACUAGAAAAUGUAUUAGUUAAGAUGAAAGAAAUAUUUGAAGAAAGAAAACAUGAUGAAGAGGUUGCGUUACUUGCUGAAAACGAUGAUUUACUUUGUCAACGGGAGGAUAAUGAUGGAGAUAUUACUCCAAGACAUGUACAUCUAUCUUUAAAUAAUGAUCCACAAUCAAUGGUAUUUGCAUGGAUUACAUUUGGAAAUCUUCCACCAUCAAGUAUUCCAAUCGUUAAAUAUGGAAAAGAUAAUAAUAACUUGGAAAAUACUGUAACAGGAAGUUAUUCUAUAUUUAUUUAUAAUGGUGUUAUUAGAUAUAUGUACCGAGCAACAGCUACAAACUUAGAAUAUAAUACAAGAUAUUACUAUACUGUUGGUAGUGAAGGAAAUUUUAGUAAAAUUUUUACUUUUAAAACAUUUCCACAAGAUCUUGGUAUUGUAAAUGAUGUCUCAAUGAUACCACUUCGAACAGCUGGUCUUCGUGGAGAUUUUGAUAUGAUUAUUCAUGUUGGUGAUUUAGCUUAUGAUCUUCAUACAAAUAAUGGUGCAUUAGGUGAUCAAUAUAUGGAAUUAAUGGAACCACUUAUAUCAUCAAUGCCAUAUAUGGUAAUAGCUGGUAAUCAUGAAUAUGAUUGGAAGGCAAAAAAUUUUGAAAAUUAUGAACGAAGAUUUUAUAUGCCAAAAAAUGGUGAUGGAAAAAAUCAGUACUAUUCAUUUGGUGUUGGUCCAAUACAAUUUAUUGGUGUUUCAACUGAAUUUUAUGGAUUUUUCUAUGAUUUUGGAAUUCAACCAGUUCUUGAUCAAGCAUCAUGGUUAGAAAAAGAACUUCAAAAAGCUAAUCAAAAUAGAAAUAAUAAACCAUGGGUAAUGACUUAUCAACAUAGACCAUUCUAUUGUUCCAAUGAAAAUUCAAUGGAAUGUGAUGCCUUUGAAAAUCUUGUCAUACGAACAGGAUACCUUAAUAUGCCAGGUUUGGAACCAUUAUAUGGAAAGUAUGGAGUUGAUAUCAAUUGGUCUGGUCAUGAACAUUCAUAUGAAAGAAUGUUCCCAGUUUUUGAUAGACAACUUUAUAAUCAAGAUAGUGAUCCUUAUCAUAAUGCUAAAGCUACUACUUAUAUAAUUACUGGAAGUGCUGGUUGUCAUUCUUAUCAAGCUAAAUUUGGUAACCCUUCACCAUUUAGUGCUAAAAGAUUAAAUAAGUAUGGUUAUACAGUUAUGCAUAUAAAAAAUAUGACACAUUUGUAUUUUGAACAAAUUGAUACACAAGCAACAGAAACAAAUACUGUAGUUGAUAGUUGGUGGAUGUCAAAAGAUCUUGAUUAUGUUAUUAAUGAUGAAAAUAUACUACAGUUCCUAGAUUUAUAA